AUGAUAAAGAAUAUUGUCGUUUUCUUUCUUUUCACGGUGGCUUUAGUUGGGGCUCAGGUUCCAAGGGUCGCGUUACCACCACCAGGACCUUCUAGAUAUUACAUUCAUGUGGUUAACGGGCUAAGCAAACUUGGGUUGCUUGUGCAUUGUCAGUAUAAAGACGAUGACUUGGGGUAUCAUCGUUUGCUUAAUCAUGGAGAUGAUUACCAUGGAACUUCAAGGUUAACUUUUGGGGAACAACCCUCUAUUGGUGCAAAUUGGAGACGCCACAUGCAUAUUGUCUCUUUUGAAAGCUUUUGGCCUGAAACGCAGCACUUAUGGCUCCGUGAUAGGUGCAAAUAUGGAACUGUAGGAACUUGUAUUUGGACGGCUAAAGAUGACAGAAUUUACUUGAAAAACUUUCUUGCUAAUGUUGAUGAAUUGAUUCACAAGUGGAUCUAUAAAAGAUAG